AUGCGCUCGCUCAUAGCCAUGAGGCGUCGUUUCGUUAGCGGCACAUGGACAAUUGCUGUUAGUACCCAGCAGCGUCACCGCAGUGGGAGCGGGCCAGGAGACAAGCGCAUUCGCACAGACUGGUAUCGGUGUUACCCGUCUCUUAUGCGUGAAAAGGAUCGAGACAUGUAUCAUUGCUACUAUCCGUAUCUUUUUGAUCACGGGGACAAAAUGAGUUUGUACCCCAAAAUACCUGAAAACCCGCGUGAGUGGCAACCAGAGCAGCUGCAGACAACGUAUGAUGCAAUUAGGGAGGACAAAUAUGAUGCAUUUAUUCGUCUUCGAGAGAAGUUCCCUGAAUUGUAUCAGGACACACGAGCAUGGGACAACCCUCCACCGUUUGGUGAGUUUAACAUGUUCUACUCUGUGCGUUUUGGUAUGGUUGGCGUGAAGGCCUUCACAUGCAAAGACUAUGAUGAGUUAGGGAAUCAAUUUGACUGUACUGCUUUCUGGUUUCCUGAUAAUCAAGUCGUGAAGCACAGUACUCGCAAUGGAGAGGUUGGCACUGACAAAGUUUAUGUGGGUGCAAUGAAUGUCCCUGUGGAGUUCCAUAAACCGCAUGUGGCUGCCUUCUAUAAGGCAGCAGGUGUACCGGUAAAACAUGUAUGCGCUGGUUUCCCCAUAACCCCAGACGCCUACGCUCCCGUCGGGACGAAGUUGGAUGUCCGGCAUUUUAAACCUGGACAGGAGGUAACCAUUACAUUUCAAAACACUGACUAUGGCUUCCGUGGUGUUAUGUUCCGUCAUGGUUUUGACGGAGGUUAUGUGUGGCUUGGAGACUCCAGAUGGCAGCGUCGCCCCGGAGCCAUGGGUACGGAAGGGCAGAAGCGCAUUUACCCCGGACACCGCAUGGCAGGGCAAACUGGUGCAGCUGCUGAAACUUACCAGGGUGUUCCUGUAUGGCGCAUCGAUUACAAAAACUCUCUUAUUUAUCUGCCAACGUUACUGGAUGCAGAUGUUGGCACGUACGUAAGAUUUAGCGAUACUAUUAAUACGAAGGGACUUACACUGUGGAAUGAGCACCGUGGUCUCCCAGCGUUCCCAACCUUUAUUCCUCCAGAGGAUGAAGAUUUAUCCAAGUUGGCAACAGAUGAAUGUCAACUAAAGAGUCCGCCACUUUAUAUGUACUUCCGUGAUGAAUUCCCGGCAACACAGUUAGUAUCGCAGGCAGAUGUGGAGGAUGCAAAGAGCGCCAAACCGGCUACCGCUCCUCCAAAGAAAAAAGUGUACGACAUGAAGAAGUACUACGAGGCGCGGAAAAAGUAUCGACAAAGCAUGCAAAAAGCGCGGAAGUAUAAGUUAAUGGGGCUCCGGACGAAGGCACACGAAAAGCAAGAGGAGGCACGCCGUGCGAAAAUACUGAAGUACAAACGUAUGAAGUAG